AUUGUGGGUACACAUUUUGCUUGAUAUGAAUAUUUCCAACACAUUACAGAUCAGACCAGUAGUAAAGCUGGAAAGACGCUAAACAGAUUCCAUAUUCCAUAUAUCUUUAUUGUCCCACUAUGGGGAAAUUCGGUUUGCAGUCAGGGAGAUACAACGCCAAUGAUUCACACUCAUAACAAAUGAAGUAAAACAACAAAUAAGACAAUUGAUACAACCAAUUUACCUGAAAUACACAUAGUUUUUUCCAAAGAUUAGAUAGAUUGACCGCAGUAGCCAGUUUAGGGCCGGGGUGGAGAUUUACGAAAAUCAGUCGCUAUUUGCUGAACACUAGAAAGCUGUGUGAAUCUCCAGUGUUUAUGCAAACGAUCGUAAACAAAACUGGAUUCGUUUAAUUAAGAUCACUUACCGAUCACUAUGAAAAAAUCAAUUAUCGAAGCGUCGGGGAUUGUGUUCAUUUAAUUUCAUCAGUUGCCUAUAAUUACUUUAAAACGGUACACUUUGCCAACGUAAUUUUCUGACAGUAGGUAGCUAAUCGGUAGCCUAUAGCCUACCAACAUUUAGUCUAUCGUGGCACUUUAAUCCCAGGCACAAUUCAUAGUUGAGAACAUAUAAACUGAUUUGACUUACUUGAUAUUCAGAUGAAACCAUUUCAAUGUAAUUUAUAUUCUGGGUUUGAUAAACCUAGGGGGCAUGAAGUGGUCCAUAGUUUUUGUUUUCAUCAAGAUCCAUUUAUGAAUGACGUUUUUCAAAAUGAUUCCGAUAAGAUGUAGCCCAUUCAUACCUUCCACUGUGUAGGCUACUACCAUGCACAUUUAUGAUCACCAGCUUGUGACGUCAAAGUAGUCAAUGUAUCUACACGAAAGAAUAUUUCUGACCCUCUGUCACGUCAUCAAAGUUUAGAUAUAUCAUAUAUAAAUUUCCACACCAAACAAGUAAAGUCAGUUCUUCGCCAUACUAAGGUUGUACAAGGUCUUACGUAUUCAGCGAAAGAACCAAGCGUUCAACAUGAUAUCUUCUGAAUCCGAACAGUACGACUACACGGACGAUUUAGGCUAUGGAAUGUUCGGCACGGUCGCGACUUACCAGCGGCAAAGCGACAAGAAAAUCGUUGCAGUGAAGAGACUGUUCCACGUGAACAGUCGGAUGGCCAUCCGAGAAGCACGACUUCUAUCUGCUCUCACGGCCCAUAACGCGUACAACCACCACAUUGUACGCUUCUAUGAAGGUUUUUCGGACGAUUUUUUCUUUUACAUAGUGGAAGAGGCACUGGAACAGAACCUGAAUAAUUAUCAGAAGACGAACGCGCUGAAAAGGUUUGAAAUCCGGGACGUCCGGACGAUUGUUCUGCAGCUGCUCAUUGCGCUGGCCAAACUGGAGGACAUGGGGAUCGUCCAUACUGACAUCAAGCAGGAGAACAUCCUGCUCGUUAACCAUGGCCGCCAGCCUUUCCGAGUGAAGCUGGCUGACUUUGGCUCCGCCAUGACCGCAAACGAGCUGGCUAAAAUGUGGACGCCAUACAUUCAGCCCAGAUUUGUUCGAGCUCCCGAGGUCCUCCUGGCCUGUCCGUGCAACCCGAAGAUCGACAUGUGGUCUCUGGGCUGCGUGAUGGGGGAAAUGGCAAUUGGCCGCAUGGUGUUCCCCUCGCUGUGUGAGCUGGAGCUGGCCCACAGCAUCUUUGGCACCCGGGGAAUGCCCUCUGCCGCAAUGCUGAGCUCGGGCAUCAAAACAAAGACGUUUUUUGAUUGGGUGGAAACCAGCAAGGGGGUAUAUGGCUGGCAGCUGAAGCCAUACAAUGUCAGGCAGCUGUUCUCAGGGACCCAGAGCUUGAGGGGUUAUGCGCCAGCCAACCUGGACCUGCUGCAAAACAUGGAGGAACUAGAACACGGCUCAGAAGAGCAGGAUUUUGCAGAGCUGGAUGACCGCAGGAGCCUGGUGGACCUGCUCGACCGGAUGCUGGUCCUCGAGCCGGAGCAGAGGGUCGGCCCCAACCAGGCCCUGCGGCACCCUUUCCUGACCCUGAAACACCUCAGCGGGCGCGCAAAGCCCCUCGCGCAGUCCUCGCUGCAGGCGUACAGGGAGGCAGGCGUGUGUCCGCCCCAGGACCGGGCGUGGAAUUGCGACUCCUCCUCUGAGGAGGGCGACCCCGAGGUCCCGAAGAAGAGGAGGCGCUCCGUGAGACGGUCGCUGCGCUCGUUCUUCUCGCGCCUCUUCUCACGCCGGCGCAAGAGGCAGCCUGCGACCUCUCAGGUCAACGUAGACCCCCCGGAGGGUCCCAGCUCUGCCGCCCGCGGAGGCCAGCCGGCCCGAAACCCCGUGACGACGGAGCAGCAAAGCCCGGAGGCCUCGAGCAGCAGUUCAGCCUUCGAGUCCGAGGAGAGCAGCACUGAGGACAGCGGCGGCGCUCCGGCCGCCCCCGAGGGGCCCCCCAAAAAGAGGGGCUUCCUGAAGUGGCUGCGGACCCGCUUCUCGGGAUGCCGGGGCAAGAAGUCCGCCUCCACUCCGGGCAGCAACAGCAGCCUGUAGGGUUUUGGGGAGGCGGAGAGCACGGGAAACACCAGAAGAUGGUGUGGUGAGGUUGUCAUGGCUCUGGCCUUCCUUUGUUGCGAAAAAAA